AUGAGUCGCAAUUUCAUUCCUGCUCUCUUCGCUAUUGGCGUGGGUGUUUUCUCAGGCUAUUACACCUUCAACCCGACAUUCCAACAACUCCAAUACGAGAAAAGCCAAGCAAGCAAGUCUUCAUCGCCGUCUGAACCCUCCGCUUCCCAGAAGGGCCCCGAACCUUCUUCUCAGGCAAGCUCAGAGCAAGGUCCCAAGUCGUCAACUCAAUGA